AUGAGUACCACUUGUAGCCCCUUGAACGAUACUACGCACACCGCAGGCUCCUCGCGCUUUGAUAGUGCCAGGCUCGAUGCGGCCGAGAUCACGAGGACCAGUCCUGAGGAAAGCCAGCAGUAUGGCGCCAAUGACUCGUCGAUGGGGUUCGCGAAGAUCUUGCUCGGGGAAGACGACGAUAGCGACUCGCCAGCCAGUGGAGCCAUUCCAGGCGAUGCAGGACGCUCAGCCGCCGACCCCCAGUCCUUGGGCUCUAUUUUGACGCCGUUGCCUUCGCAGACCAUCCUCCAGAUCGCCGUGGAUGCCUAUUUCGACAGGGUGAACUGGUACAUCAUGCUCUUCCACCGGCCGUCGUUUGCGAUUCGGACUCAAAACAUCCUCCGACAAACUGCCUGGAGACGCGACGAGCUGUGCGAUGUGCUUCUCGUGGCGGUGGUGGCGGCGGUGGGCUUGCGAUGUGUUGAACAUGACAAGACGUGGAAAGGCCAUCAUUUACUCGAGGCCUACGCGGUCACGGCCGAGUCACUCGUUUCGGACCUGAUGUCGCAGAUCUCGUCACGCUUCUACGAACUGAUGCUGGAGUCGCGCAUCGAGGUAUUUCAGAUCUGCAUGCUGCUGACUAUUUACCACGUAUACUAUGGCUCAUCCACCUAUGCCUGGAACGUAUCGGGUGUGUCCACCAGAACGGCAUAUGCGCUGGCGCUCCACUGCGACAAAGCUCGAAAAAUGGAUGAGGUCGCUCGGGAAGUGAGUAAUCGAUGUUGGAACCACUUGGUCGUGUCCGAUCAAUUCUCCUCAAUGAUAUUCGGCCGUCCCGCAUCGCUCGACCCGGCCUUUGCUCAAUUUAAAAAGCUCGCAGACUUGGACGAUACCGACCUCCCCGAAGGCACGGCAGCCCUCCCCGUCUUUCAAGUGCCGGGUCGACCUGUGUCAUUCCUGACCUAUCAUACUCUCAAGUUUGAGCUUUACGACAUCAUCCGCCAGACAUUACAGAGUUUCAAGGUCCUGCAACUUCAGAGUCCAGUAUCUGUCCAGGAUCUCAAGGCUUUGAUUCAAGUUGUCAACUCCACGGAAGUCAUGUUGCAGCAGUGGCAUGACAAUCUACCCGUGGUAUUCAAAUCCUCGCAGUGGCCGGCCGAUGAUCCCUGGAACGUCCUCGAACUCGACCAGUGCAGUCCGGAGGAGCUCAGUUUGAGGAGGAAGAUCGGCUUGCAAGGCUUCCUCCUCCAACUGUUGUACGACGCGGCCCGAGUUUGGGCCCAUCGACCCCUGCUCAAACUCCGAAUCUCCAUAUCGCCAAAGGAAGGCAAUGACAAGAUCGCCCUUGACGAUGUUCCCGACUCUCUAGGUAUUUCGGUGCGGACCGCAUUGCGGAUGUCGCGGGUGCCCGUGCACGAGUUCGAGGGUCACCUCGCGCAGUCCUUUGUGCUCAUGCACCUCUUCACGGCCGGCGUGAUCCUCUGCAUCGCGCCUACUUGUCAGCCGUACAGUCAGGUGGCAGGCGAGGCCAAGGCAGGGGUGCUCCGGAUCAUUGCCGCGUGUAGGGCCAUCAAGGACGAGAGCAAGAUCGCCAAACACACCGAUCAGAUGCUGACGAGGCUGUAUAAGAAGACGAUGCAACGGGAGAUGGACAAUGCUCUGCGGCCGCCAGACACUGCCGUACCAAAGGAGCGACUGCUAGCUCCUGCCCUCACCCCGAGACACUCACAGGCUAGUGGUGACUACGCUCGGCCACACCGAGAGUCCAGUGUGCUGUCCAAAUCGACUCCCUUCCAAGCGGGUAUGGCGACUGCGAGCUCGGCCUCUGGACGUGUAGGGACGCUGUCGGCUUUGGACUACCAGGACCGUAUCGCCGAUGAAGUGCCGGACCAGCAGCCCGUCGUCUCAUACCUGCAGUUUGAAUCGCUAUACCACAACAACCAGAUGAGCUCUUACAUCAACGAACACAUUGACGAAGCCUAUGGUGCUUUUGAACAGAUGUCCAACCUCGAUUUUGGCGACUUUUCUUUCAAACCUUACUGA